GUACUCCUUUGUAGACAGGUUAAGUAGCAUCCUGUCCAUUCUUCGUCAGAUCCUCAAUCGAUGGUUUAAGACUCUCUCUCUCGACAAUAUUGUGUAAUGUAUAACCGAGUCUUCCGGAACCAAGAAUAGCUUCACGAGCUGUUAUACUUACUCCCAAUCUACAAGGCUAAUAAACCGUCUUUUCGUCUAUUAUAUUACCAACUCGCAAUGGUAGGACCAGCUGGACGCCUCGGGAAGCCUAAGUUAUCCACUGGUCUGGGGUUUUUCAAUGGAGAUGAUACUACACCCACGGAGACACCCAUAUCAUCUUAUCGUUUCAACCCGCCUGUAUUGCGUAAUUUCUCCUACCCGCUGAACGUCGGAAUCACAUCGCAGCCCCUUUUGUUUCCGUCGCCGCCAGAGAUCGAGCAAACAGCCUGGGAUCAGCUGGGGGAACGUUACAAUUUCUCCCCUGAUAGUAUUUUCAGGGCACGUGAAACUAAAACUCCUGUAUUCAAAGAUUCGUUUUCAUUCAGGCCCGAGACGGAGUCUUACUCUCAGGUAGAUGAGAAGGAUGGCAAUGAAGACGAAGAGCUCAGCGUUACUGCAUCGUCAGAGCAACUUGACCAAGAAUCCCUAUCCCAGGAAGAUACUAUACCAAGAAAGAAGCAGCGCCGAAGCACUUUACUUAAUUUCACUUCAACUCGGUCUCAGGACCCUUCGGUCCUCUAUAAAAGUGCCGAGAAGGAUGGGCUAAAGGACAGGACUUUAAAGUUGACUAAGGGGCAGUUAUCGGGAGACCGUAUAUUUCCUCAAACAGCUACCAUUACAUCUCGAAUCAAACGUAACUCAUCAGGCCAACAUAAGACGACUGCAUCGCUGGAUACAUCCAGACUUAUCACCCUAUCUUCCAGUGAUGUCGAUCGACCAGCGUCAAGUUCAGGCGUAUCACACAUCGAUGCUACAGCUAACUUUCCGAGCAUAACCGUAAGAUAUGCCCCUUUACCGUUGAUAAUUUCUCAAGAGAGCAAAUUGGUAAAGUUUGGGGAGAGGCCGUCAGUAUCACAAAUCACAGGAGCAAUGCAGUCUCUUGGAAUGGACCAUACUUACCGCACAAAUCCCCCGCAUGAGAACAACGGGAUGGAUCGUAACAUGAUUGGGAAUAGUGGGAACAAUAAAGCUAGCCCUCCUCCGGCCGAACCGAUGAAACAUAAAAAGAAGGAUGGCAAACGCCGUUGGAUGUCCCAAUUGAAGAAUUGGGUUACUGCUUCAGAGCCAUCGGCCCAGGCUUUGAAACAGUAUAAAAAGGAAACCUACGACAAGGCUCAUAUCUCCCUUGAUGAUCCUCAAGCGAACGCUAAGCUUCAUUUGCCGAUUGCAGCCCUUCCGCAGAACGCAAUUAAGCCAGCCGGCUCGGGGCCCGAUCCUGAAGACAUCUUCUCGAAGCGGACAGAACGGCGGAAAAGGCUAAGAUAUUCAGGCACUGGAUCUUCCAAAACUCAGGGCUCGAAAUCAAGCUCUAGUCGCUAUUCAAUUUCCAGUAGCAGAGCCUUUGGUACUGCGAGAUAGGUUUCACGAUCAUAGACGAACGGAAUUUGCACUAAAGAACCCACGCGAUUUGGACGGCAUGUUAUAUCUAAUUGUUUAAUUGUUGAUGUUGGUACUUUGUGCUGUUUAUCUCGCUGUUUUUAUACUUGUACUUAUAAGCCCCUUGGUAUGGGGCCUUCUCGUCCGAAGUAUAAGUUCGUUUUCUUACGUGGGAGUCAUUUGGGAUCUUGGUGGGCAAAGUGGAUGUCAGACAGGUCAAAUAGUUGAUAUACUAGACUUACUGAGUGUGUUUUUCUCCAUGAAUAUGGAACUGGCCAUAUGUAAAUGCUCAAUCAGGCUACGGGUCCGUCUACAAGGUCAAAGGUUACUAGGGGCGAAGAAUUUCAAGC